CCUCGCCUUCGGCGCCGCCGCCGCCGAUCCCCCGGAAGGCAGAGCCCGUGCCCUUGCGAAAGGCGCCCAACGACCUUGUUGCAGGCUGCUGCUGAAGGCGAGGUAAAGGAGGAGCCAAAGAGAAGAUCGGCUAGACUAUCUGCUAAACCUGCUCCACCUAAACCAGAACCAAAACCCAAAAAGGCAGCACCUAAGAAAGAAAAAGGAGCAAAUGAUAAGAAAGAGGACAAGAAAGUAGCGGCAAAAGGGAAAAAGGGAGCCAAAGGAAAAGAAGAAACUAAGCAAGAAGAUGCUAAAGAAGAAAACCACUCUGAGAAUGGAGACACCAAAACUAAUGAGGCACCGGCUGCUGACGUAUCUGAUGAGAAGGAGGCCAAGUCCGAGUAACAAACUUAGCUCUCUUCAUUUCCAUCAUUCGGUAUCUGUACCUUCAUACUGUAUUGUUAAGAGAGGAAUAUUUUUAUCAACUAUUUUAUAAAUGCAGGUUUUUUUAGCAUGGAAUUAAUUAUGGAACAUCUUCAUCUCGGCUACUUGGGACUUAAACCAACAAAACAAAAUCAUUGUUUUUUUAAAAAAAAUUGUGAUUGUCAUAGUUUGUAUGGUACCUGGAAAAAAAAAUCAGUGGUGGUAGCUAUUGAAUUCUGUCAGUAUAUAAUCCCUUUGUGUAUAAGUCAUGCAGACUUCAGAUUGUAAUUUCACCCUUGUUAUGUGUCGUAUGUUUUCUUAACGUGGGGAGGUCUCAAAAAUAACAACAUAAUUGUGUUAGACAUUCCGAUGGUUCUGUGGGUUGCUUUUAUAAAGAAGGUGAAAUAUUUUCAUGAAAAAAAAAAAUCCUUAGAAGCUGGAAAUCUUGUUGUAUCCCAAAUGUAGUUUUAUUUUGUCACAUUUUGGAGAAUAAUAAUAAUAAUUAAAAAGUGUAUUCAUGUUUUUAAAUGAAAUACAAAAAAAUUCUUUAAAAAAAAGAGAAGCGCAGGCUGACUGAAUAUACCCACUGUUAGGAAUUUUUCUGGAUUUAUCUUAAUAAAAAAAGACUCCUCGAAAAA